AUGUUGCAUGUUUGCCUAGAAAAGAAAGGUUUGGUUAAAAAUAUACCCCCUGAUGUGAAGAGAAUCCAGACUUUGAAAAUAACAUCUCAGAAAUUAAAUGUUUUGGUGCAGUUUGGAGCGAAGGUGAUCUACAUGUCUGCUGAGAAAUUGGAACAACUACAGUAUAAUAGAUUAGCUCUAAAAUUGUUGUCCCGCCUCACCUCUUCCAAAUCUGCAGUGGAUGUGAAAUUUAAGGUAUUGGUUUCACUUCAAGAGUUCAGACAAAUGAACAAGGUCAAAGAAGGUCUGGCCAGAGAUUUAGAAGCAAAGUCCAGGGAAGAGAGGAUAAAGGAAUAUGUAGCUGUUCCCAAAAUCCAGCCCAUUCAUAUUUGCUUAGCUUGCCCUCCAGAUACAGCUAUCGGAUAUUCUACGAAAAAUGAGCAAUAUCGUGUUUCACUUUCGGGCAAAAGCCUGCUCAAAAUGCAAAGUGAGAACCUGGGACCAGUAAAUUACUAUGUUGGAAUUGAUGUUGGCACAUCGAGUGUCCGUGCGGCUUUGGUAGACCAGAUUGGCACGGUAGUGGCUUAUGCAGAACAUCCAAUUCAAAUUUGGGCACCGCAACCUGACUAUUAUGAACAAUCCUCUGAUGACAUCUGGGCAGCUUGUUGUAUAGUCACAAAGAAAAUUACCCAAGGAAUAAAUAUUUCCCAGAUUCGAGGGCUUGGCUUUGAUGCUACCUGCUCCCUUGUUGUUUUGGAUAGCCAUUUUCAUCCUUUGGCAGUCAACUCUGAAGGAGAACACAAAAGAAACAUCAUCAUGUGGAUGGACCAUCGUGCAGCUAAUCAAGCAACACGCAUCAAUGAGACACAGCAUAAUGUGCUGUCCUUUGUUGGUGGUGUGAUGUCGGUUGAAAUGCAGCCACCUAAAUUGCUAUGGAUGAAAGAAAAUUUGCGAGAGUCUUGCUGGGAAAAGGCAGGGCACUUCUUUGAUCUUCCGGAUUUCUUAUCAUGGAAAGCAACAGGUGCCACAGCAAGAUCUUUGUGUACACUUGUAUGUAAAUGGACAUACUCCUCAGAAACUGGCUGGGAUGAUUGUUUCUGGAAAUCAAUUGGAUUAGAAGAUCUGAUGGCAAAUAAAUACUCAAAAAUAGGAAAUGAAGUUCUCCCUCCAGGAAGUCCAGUUGGAAAUGGAUUAACAGCAGAAGCUGCAGAAGAUCUUGGUCUGUCUAAGGGGAUUGCUGUAGCUGCCUCUCUUAUUGAUGCACAUGCUGGAGGAUUAGGUAUUCUAUGA